AUGGAUUUAUAGUAGUUAAGAAAGGAACUUAAAGAAAAAGAAAAAAAAUUAAAAGAUGAAUAAAAUAAUAAAAUAGUGCAUUUACAAUUCUAUGGCAUGACCAAAUCGGAAGCAUAUGAUUCAGUUAAUUUGGAGAUGAAUUAGACAAAAAGAUUAGGGUUAGUUUAAUAGAGCAUGAUUUUAAAAAGAGGUAACUCAGAUUUGUUUUGGAGUUCCAAUAAUAAGGGGAUGUUUUUAAGAUAUUUCAAUCAAAAAUUAACUAUAGAUUUAAGAGCAAGGGAAACAUUAAAACCUAUUGAAAAACCAUGUUUAAUCAUUGUGAAUGGAAAUAAAAAAUCAAAAAGAAAAGAAAUAAUAUAGCAAUUUUAAUAAGAGAUAUUGAAAUUACUUGAUAAGAAAAAGGAGGAUGGAAAUGAAAUUUUAAUUAGCAUUUUUGGAUUUCUGAAUUCUAGUAUGAUAAGUUUAUUAUCUAUAAACUAAGACUUUGAGAAAGUAAUACACAGCAAUCUAAAAAUUUAUAAGGAUGAAAAUAUUGUGAAAACAAAAAAUUUAAUAUAAAUAGCAGUUAAUAAUGCUGAUGAAUUGUAAUAAAUAAUGAACUUGUAUAAAAGUAUUAAAGCUUUGAUCGAAUUAUAAUGCAAAUAGAAAUUUAAAGAAAUUGUAUUUUAAUUUAUAAGGGCAGAAUUGGAAGAUAAUAAAUUAAUUAGAUUUUGGGACAAAUGCAAUAUAGUACAACUCUCUAAUGAUAAUGAUGCUAAAUAAUUUCAUUUAAAAUAAUGUUUGGGUCAACUUGACAAGAAGGAGCAUAUAAAAUACCAUAAUUGUAAAUUAACGGAAUCUCUACAGGAUUGUUUUAGAGAGGAUUACUAAAUUGAAUACAUUGGAUGCUUAAUCACUGAUUAAACUUUAGAAUCAUAAUUAUCGGUUUUGUAAUUCUUAGAUCCAAUUUUACCCAUCAAAUCUAAAGUAACAUAAUAAGAAGGUUAAAAUACUAUAAAGGAGAUCUUAGGAUCCCGCCUUGAAUUAUGA